GUGGCACCAUCAUUCGUGGAUAAAAGUGACUCUACUGCCAUCGUCUUUUCCUGGUUUCCCUCCCUCAUUCGUUCACCCGUUGCAGACAGACAAGAAACACACACAGUCUCUCUCCCUCUUUCUCUCUCCAAAUGCAGUCUUCAGUGCUUACCAGUGUUCCCACCACCACCGUCUUCAACCUCCUAAUCCUAACCCUCUCCCUCCUCCCCCUCCCUUCCCUCCCCCUCUCCCUCUGCCGCACCUCCUGCGGAGCCAUCCCCGUCUCCUACCCCUUCGCCGUCGACGACGGCUGCGGCUCCCCGAGCUUCCGCCGCAUGCUCUCCUGCAACGCCUCCGACCUCUUCUUCGUCACCCCCUCCGGCGGCUACAAGGUCCAGUCCAUCGACUACGCCAAGCGCAAGGUGGUCAUCUUCGACCCCGCCAUGUCCACCUGCUCCAUCCUCCAGCCCCACCACGACUUCGUCCUGACGGACGUGCAGGCCGCCCUCAUCCCCCCCUCCGACGACACCAUCUUCGCCGUCCUCAACUGCUCCAUCGACUCCCCCGUCGCCAACCACUUCAAGUACCUCUGCUCCCCCGACGUCGGCGGCCACUCCUGCGACGAGAUGUACGGCGCGUGCGCCUCGUUCCGGAUCUUCCGGCCUGUGGCCCCGCAGGGGUCCAACCAGUCGUCGCUCUCGCUGUCGCCGCCGUCGCCGUCGACGUCGCCGCCGUGCUGCUUCACGAGGUACGCGACGGUGAGGUUCAUGAGCAUGAACAUGCUGGACUGCACGCACUACACCACGGUGAUCGGCUCGGGGGGCCUGGAGAAGGCCGGGCCGCUGGACUGGACGUACGGGAUCGAGCUGACGUACGCCGUGCCGGAGAGCACCGCGUGCGACCGGUGCAAGCGGUCGGGCGGCGCGUGCGGGUUCGACACCGAGUCGGAGGCGAUGCUCUGCCUCUGCUCCCCACCCACAACGCUACUGUGGAGUGUGCUGCAGGCACUGGGAUUGGCUCCGGCGAAAAGCUUGCUCCGACGAUAUCAUUCCAUGCGACCCUAUUUAUCAUUUUAACCUCCAUUAUCUGCACAAAUUUGGUGUGACGAUUUGUUCUUCUUUUUAUUAUUUUAUAUUUUAUAUAUUUUAUUUUAUUUUAUUUUUACUUUUUUUCUUUGUUUUGUAUUGUUUCUAGAGUUCGCGUGUAUUGGCCAGUGAAUUCCACAUUGAAAUCGCUCUACAACUUUCUUCUUAGAAAAAGAACGACAGCUUGUGAAAUCCCUCAAAUCGUUUUAUGUACUUAUGUGUCUGUUGCUCUUGCCUUUCUGCCUGUUUUCGCAAUGGCAAACCUAACCGGAUUCAAUUCGAUGGUGAUGCCAAUGUAGUUGGUGAGGCAUCGCCUCGGAGCAUCUUGUGUUUUCGACCACCCUGCAUCUAGGGUUCAUGAUUGACUUUAAUGACAUAUUUUGUAUGUCGAGAUGCAUCUAUUUGCCCA